AGAGUUUAGUGGCCAGAGCGACCCUGCAUGGAGGUGGCAGGAAAGGCUCGGAACAGCUGCCGGAGGUGACGGAGCGACGGUCCCGCCCCGUGCUCUGGAAGACGAAGCUUCCAGGUAGCGGCCCGCAGAGUCUAUUCCAGGGUACGACACAGCAGUCGGCGGGAGCCCGCGGUCCCGGGGCGGCCUCUUUAAGGGAGGGGGCGGAGCCACGUGGAAGGAUCUUGAGGGUCCAGACAUCCUGAGCCCAAGUACCCCCAGCUCAGUGCAGCCAUGAGUGCCGAGGUGAAGGUGACAGGGCAGAACCAGGAGCAAUUUCUGCUCCUGGCCAAGUCGGCCAAGGGGGCAGCACUGGCCACACUCAUCCACCAAGUGCUGGAGGCCCCUGGUGUCUACGUGUUUGGGGAACUGCUGGAUAUGCCUAAUGUUAGAGAGCUGGCUGAGAGUGACUUUGCUUCAACGUUCCGCCUGCUCACGGUGUUUGCUUAUGGGACAUAUGCUGACUACCUAGCUGAAGCCCGGAAUCUUCCCCCGCUCACAGAGGCUCAGAAGAAUAAGCUUCGACACCUGUCCGUCGUCACCCUGGCUGCCAAAGUCAAGUGUAUCCCAUAUGCAGUGUUGCUGGAGGCCCUUGCCCUGCGUAACGUGAGGCAGCUGGAAGACCUUGUCAUUGAGGCUGUGUACGCCGAUGUGCUGCGUGGCUCCCUGGACCAGCGCAAUCAGCGGCUAGAGGUUGACUACAGCAUUGGGCGGGACAUCCAGCGCCAGGACCUCAGUGCCAUUGCCCGAACCCUACAGGAGUGGUGUGUGGGCUGUGAGGUAGUGCUGUCAGGCAUCGAGGAGCAGGUGAGCCGUGCCAACCAGCACAAGGAGCAGCAGCUGGGCCUGAAGCAGCAGAUUGAGAGUGAGGUCGCCAACCUUAAAAAAACCAUUAAAGUUACAACAGCAGCAGCAGCCGCAGCCACAUCUCAGGACCCUGAGCAACACUUGACUGAACUGAGGGAACCAGCUGCUGGCACCAACCAGCGCCAGCCCAGCAAGAAAGCCUCAAAAGGCAAGGGGCUCCGAGGGAGUGCCAAGAUUUGGUCCAAGUCGAACUGAAGGGACUGUCGUUUCUUCGCUGGAGAUACGGGAUCCCAGCUGUCUGCCUGCCCCUUAGGAGUCCUCAAAGAGCCUUCCUGUGCCCCUGGCCAGCUGAUAAUCCUAGGUUCAUGACCUUUCUUUCACCUCCCUUCUUCUCUUCCCCAACCCCAAGCAUAGAUCACCCCUUCUCUAGGGAGGAGGCAAGUACAAGUCAUGUUUUUGUUGGUACUUUUUGUUUUAUGUGACUUUCUUAUGUGUCCCAUUGUCCUACUUAUCUUCGCUGCCAUGCUCUCUCCCGUAUAUUUUUAAGAGCCAGCAUGUGUCCUUGUUUAUUAUGUGUCAUUGAGUAGGUGGGGCUGCGAUGCCUGCAGUAUAACCCACAUAUGUUCCUUGUUGUACCACCUCACCCCUGCAUGCCUAAUCCCCAGUUCUGUUCCCUACCCCCAGCCUAUUUGGGCAGCAUCUGCAGAGCCACUUUUAUUCCCACUCUGAGAGUUCUAGGAGCCAGUCCGCCUUUGUAGGAGUCACUGGACACUUUCAUCCUAGAAUUCUGUCACACGACAGUUGUUUCCUUUCCUCGCACCUCCCCUUGGGUCCUGGGAAUGCUGCUGCUUCAAUGACCCCAGAGCCUAAGAAGGGUAGCUGUUUCUUGAGAUGUUGAGAGAUGCUUUUUUCUUGGCGCUGGCUAUCUUGGAAAGCCUGAUGGCAGUCUUGGAAGGAUUUAUACUUCCUUUUGUGAAAUUGGUGGGGAAGGGAAAGGGAUAUAGAUUGUAUAAAAAAAGUAUAUAUACAUAAAUCUAUAUAUAACAUAACACAGAAAUAAAUCUAUGAGAAGUCUAUCUACAAACA